CACCAACAACACUAACUAACAACACCCGCGACAGAGAGAAGAACUUCACCCACUACUCCGACAUCAGGGUCGAUCAGAUGGACCUGGAUGAUAAACUGUUCGAGUCUGAUACUUCAGACAACAGCGAUGAUGAAAAUGAGAACGUAGUCCCGGACUCAGUGACGGUAGUACCGGACUCCGUACUGACCCCGGACAAUGGGAGUGAUGGAGGGAAGGGAAGUCUCACUUCGCCCCAGACAGUACCACACUUCAUGACACCCCAGUCACACGACUACCCCACUCCGCCUUCUAACGAUCCCACUGCCAAUAACUACCAUCCUGAAGAACUGAUGCCGACGGAAGACCGAAGUGUGACGUGCGACAAGAAGCGCGACACGUAUCAUCAGCUGCUCUUCGACCACACUUCCUACUCUGCGCUGGGUCUCAAGAAAUACCUGGGACCCCUGCCCUCGACCUACCGUCCAGACAACACUCCAGCUCCCGUCACUUCCCAGCCUAUCAUGCUCAACUCACCCCUCAAAACACCUCCCCAGAGCUGUCUAGAGAACCUGGAUAUCACUGCUAAACUGGAGUCCUUCUCUACCGAACUGAAGGAGAGUGGGCUCCUCACGGGCUCUCCUGACCUCUCUAGAACAAUGCACAUGUCAGCCAGCAAGGAGGAAAUGACACUUCUUUCUAUCGGAGAGAAAAUAAUGCAGUCUCCGGACCACAAGUUCGCGUUCCCCAGCGCAUUCGCACAGACUAAUAUCAAACGCGAGCUCUCAGAUUUACCGAAAUUGCAAGGGGGACAGUUCUUGAUAAAAUUCGGAGAUUCUUAUUUGAACAAGUUCUUAGUUAGUUCAGAGGACGUUAUGUUGCCUGGUGGAUAUUCCUGCUUGCAAAACGAAAACAAAUCAGUUCUUCUGGACACUACGCGGAUGGAGAUUUACGCGCAGAACGAACACAAGUCCACAGUGGGCUACCUCCCCAAAUCCUCCAUCUCCAUCGCACUCUACCAGUCUCUAGAAAGUAAGGUAGUGAAGCCCCAGAGCAACUCCACCCCAUUUGCAGCUGUGCGCAACAGCCGGUUUAGUCCCAGCUUCCUUAAAAUCCUCCAACAGGGAGUCAGGAAUGUGGUGAACUUUGAGGCUAAGGUUGAGGAACCGACCUUCGAGGAAACCAUGGCAACCAACUCAGCCAUUGACAAGGUGGGCAAGCUUCUCGAGAGUAGACUGCCGUCUGAUCUGGUCUUACAGAAACCAAGGACUUGCAUAUUACCUUGGAAAUCCUUCUCUUCCUUAGCCGAGAAAUACAACACGGGUACAGGAGAGCAGCCCCAACCUGCUCUACUCCUGGGACAUGAACAACAGUGGAUGUCGGUGAGCCCACAGAGCGUACCUGUGUGGAUCAGCAAGGGUAUGGAACCCUAUUCGGGUAAACGGGACGUCCACUACCUGGUGGUAAUCCCUGAUAACGCCCACAUCAUCCACAACAUCCACAACUUCUUCGAGAAUCUCUCUACUGUUUACGAGCUAAGUCACCUGGGACAUCACAAGCAGCUUGCAACAAAAAUCAGAGAAGGAGUGAUGAGAGUGAGCAAGAAAUCAGGAGAGAAAGUAGCUCGAGAGCCGCUAGAUCCCUGGUUCGGCGACAAGAAUGAUCCGGAGUCUUUGACCUGGCAAAUGUACGCUAAGACCUGCCAACACCUGUUGGCUAAAUAUCUCGCCAGCUUCCUUACCGGGAAAGGGAGCUCGGAGCACAGGAACAUCGUGAUUUAUUUCAUCGAUCCUUUUAAAACACGUGAUUUGCACACGAAAGCUCAGUUGGUUACCAGGUGCUUCAACUCGAUGCAGGAAGAGCUCAACAAAACGAAAAACACUCACUUCAUCAUGCAGAGUAUUCCGGCGGACUACGUGUCAGGGAACCACAUGAACCUGGUGCAGCUGACAUCCACUCUCAAGUCUGUGUGUUUCUCUGUAUACAACCAGACUCUAAAACAUGUGAAGAUGAAACCUCCCACUACUUGCCUCACUGGAUUUGGUCCCGUAUCUAAAGAUGUGGUUCUUGAGGGCGGGGCGGUUCACAUGACGGGUUCGUUACAGGAGCCGAAGAAGGCUGGUGCUACAGCUCAACAACACGUCUACAGUCCUCUCUGUGUUCUGAAGAACAAACCUCACACUGAAACUGUGACCUCCAAACUAGACACUUUGUUCUGUGCAUAUUCCCUAUCACAUGAUACUAAUUGGGCCAUUGUCGCUAUUAGUGACUCUUCUGGACAUCUACUGGACACUGCUUUGUAUGCUAUUGACGAACCUUCAAGACAAGGGGUGACACCGGCCGUUUUGAACAAGAUCUGGUCGUUCUGUCUGAGUAUGGUGGAGAGCUACAGGGCUAUGUGGUGCCUUGUUGUCUCCAAAAUGGGGAACGUUACUGACGCAGAGGACAGAUUUUGGUCAGAGAAGUUCAAAUCUGUUGUUUCCUGGAACGCCCAGCUACAAGAACGAUGCACAGAGUGUGUUCUCUCCAACAAAGUCCACACAUUCGGCAUCGCCUCAGUAAGUCUGCUCAGUGUCCUCAACUCAGCUCAUGUGAACAUUCUACCGCUCCUGAACCGCCCCAAACCCCUGGACUUCAGGACCAGCUCCCAGAUCCUGCUCCUCUCCCCUCAGCAGCCUCUGGUUGAACCGCUGGACCGGUUUAAGAAGUUGCAGGAGGACAGCUUCACGUUCUACUCAGGGCCGGAACACUCCCGAGAUAAGAAGAGGAAGAUCCUGUCCUCCGCCUACCUCGCGAGUUCAGCUGCUUACUCUGAACUUCCAAGGCACAUGGGCAGCGGCAAAUCAUCUGUAUUACUGGGUAAUCUGCAUCAGCACAUAGUGACUAUGUCGAGCAAGAGACAUAUCCUUCUCAGCGACAAUCACCCCCUGACCCUUCGGUACAUCUUACAGCAGCUGGAUGCGUUGUCAUGGUUACAGAUCAACCCGACCACUCGUGCUAGGAGGUCUCCCCUACCUCUUCAUAUGUUCACUGUCGCUAAUAUCUACUCAGCUCUCCAGGGCAUGACCUUUGUCCCCCCAUAAGUAGAUGUGGUACGUCCUAUAAUGGAUGAUUAACGAAUUCAGCGCGCGCCAUCAGACAGAUAAGAAAGACAAUCCAAACAAAUCAGUCUCAAAUCAGAACGAACAAACAGACUAAUAUUCCAUUCUUGUACACUCCGCCGGCUACUCGUGCGAAGUGAUGCGGAUCUGGAUUUAGUGAUAUGGACACUUGCUAUGUUCAUGUUUUUAUUGAGAGAAUUUCUUGUAGCGUACAAGUUUAUGUAAAUUAUAAUUCUAGCACCAGAAACUUUCUGAGUAACAAUAAUGAGAAUAGACUAUUGUUGAUUGAUAGAGCUCGCCUAAAUUACAUAUAUUAUAAACAUGAUAUAAUGUACACUCAGUUGUCUUUUAACGACAAAUAUACAGAAAAUUUAUAAUUUUUAAAAUAUUUGAUCUUUUUUAUAGUGAA